AUGUGGGCCUCUCCAUGCAGGGAGGUCCGCUACGACGCCGACCUUCCCUCCGCCUCCGUCGUCAUCAUCUUCACGAACGAGGCCUGGACGCCCCUCAUCCGCACCAUCUGGUCGGUGCUCACGCGGUCGCCCUCCAGGUUCCUCAAGGAGAUUGUGCUCGUCGACGAUUUCUCCGAUCGAGCUGAACUUGGCGAGAAGCUUGACCUGUACCUGAAGUACCGCCUCCCCCCCCUGGUGCGGCUGGUGCGGCUGCGGGAGCGCCACGGGCUGAUUCGGGCGCGGCUGGCGGGCGCGCGGGCGGCCACCGGGGACGUCCUCAUCUUCCUCGACUCUCACUGCGAGGCCAACGAGGAGUGGAUGGAACCCUUACUCCAGAGAAUCAAGGAGAGCCGUUCUGCUGUGGUCGUUCCUAUCAUAGAUGUGAUCGAUGACAAGACACUCGAAUAUUACAAUGGCAAUGGGCGUUACUUCCAGGUGGGAGGUUUUACGUGGAGCGGCCAUUUCACCUGGAUUGAAAUCAGUGACGCAGAGCAGAAGAGACGAGGCAGUCCAGUUGGGGCAACCAGAUCACCUACCAUGGCAGGUGGAUUAUUUGCCAUCGAGAGAAAUUACUUCUGGGAAGUUGGCAGCUAUGACAACGGAAUGGAUGUUUGGGGAGGAGAGAAUCUCGAAAUGUCCUUCAGGGUCUGGAUGUGCGGGGGCACCUUGGAGACGAUCCCCUGUUCCCGUGUCGGCCACAUUUUCCGUUCGUUCCACCCCUACACGUUCCCCGGAAACAAGGACACCCACGGACUCAACACCGCGAGGCUGGCUGAGACCUGGAUGGACGACUACAAGAGACUGUUCUACUUGUAUAGGCCAGAGCUGCAGAAUGCAGACUGGGGUGAUAUCAGCGAGAGGAAGGACUUGAGGAACCGCCUUCAGUGCAAGAGUUUCAAGUGGUACCUCGAAAACAUUUACCCAGAGAAGUAUAUCCUCGAUGAAGAUGUUUUUGCCUUUGGUCGUCUUCGUAACAAUGCAACAAAACCAGAUAUAUGCUUAGAUAACCUGCAAAGGAACGAGAAGAGCGCAUAUGAUAUGGGACUCUACAACUGCCACACCUUUGUAGCGUCCAGCCAGUUUAUUAGCAUGUCCAAAAAUGGGGAGCUCCGUAGAGAGGACGUGUGUGCCGAGGUUCCCGUAUUCUCCACACAGGCUGUGGAAAAGGUCAGAAUGGUGCGUUGUCAUGGCAAGCGCGGGAAUCAGGAGUGGUUGUUGGCAAAGACCGGGCACAUCAUACACAAAGCCACAAACAAAUGCUUGGACAGAGGAGACAAGCAGGCCAUGGACGAUGUGUUCGUGACAACCUGUGCAAACACAAGGACGCAGCAGUGGUGGUUCGAUCAUUACCUGCCUGUCAGCUCAUACUAUCCUUGAGAUGUGACAGGACUGUAGCAAGAUUAUUUUUAUUAUUAUUAUUAUUAUGUUUGAUUUUUUAACACUUUAUUUAUGGUAGUGUCUUUUACAUCUUUUUUAGAAUUCAUGCAUCAGGGAAAUAGUAUGAUUUUCAGCAGUGGAGAGGCAGAACUCUAGAUUAUGUGUCAUAAAGGCUCAAACUCCUACAUUAGUGAAAAUGAUACCAUACCCUGUAAACCAAAAUUAAAUGUGUAUGAUAGAUUUUGUAAUCUCUCUUGUUUUAUAGAUAAUAAUAAUGAUUAUGAAACACCUAUAAACCCAGUCAAGAAUGUAUGUGUCACGAAUGCAAGUAAUAUCUGUGAUUUCUGAAUUCCACACAAGUUAUGUGAAUGUCCUCAUAGAGCGUAAUCAUAGGGUGGAUUUUGUCUUAAGCUGGCCAGUUUUAUACGAAUAAGAUGAGGACUCGGAGGUUGAGACAGAAAUAGUCAUAUGAUACUGAUAUUCAGUCGGUAGUGAGCUUUUAUACAUAUUUAUAUAUAUAUGAAAGUGGGCAGCGAUGUCUUUAAAUUAGGAGACGUAAUUUUUUAGGGUUUGACCUCUAAUGAGCGUAAGACGGUGUCAUAAGAUGAUACAGUAUCAUUGAACAUUGUUAUUCUUUCCUUUCAAAGAACGUGAUGUCAUUAGCAUUUUAUUGUUCUUCUUUCCUUUCCAAGAAUGUCAUGUGAUUAGUAUUUUAUUUAUAUAUACAUAUUUGAAAGACCUUGGCCACAAAUAAGAUUCAGGUCAUACCAGUCAGAUGUUUAGGAUAGAUUGGAAAUGACAUAUAAAUAACAAUGAAAACUGUGAGCCAGUCCUGAACUGGGUACCAAGGGUGCUUGCAGUACUGUGCACUUCAUUUUGCAGGAUAAUGAUAUUAUGUUGUCUGCGUAAUGCAAGUACGAAUUUGUUGAAGAAUAAGGGUCGUCAUAUGAGCUGACAAAAAAAAAGGAGGAAAAUGAAUCAGCAGUAAAAUUAGACUCAUUGUGAUUUAGAGGAAAUCUAUACAGAUGUAUUUUUUUCCAUUGUGAAGGAUACAAAGACAAGCCAGUCAGCUUAUUUUUAUUAUCAUUUCAUUACUAUUUACUCUUUAUUUUAUUCUUCUUUGGCCAGCUUUCAGCUAGUAGAGUCUGUUGAUUUCUGCCACCUUUUAGAUUUAUUGAAGAAAAUGAAAGUGCAUUUGCCUCUUUUUUAAUAUGUCGACCUUGCAAAGAGGACAGCACUUUCAAACUUAUAUGAUAAACAUGUUGAAGUAAGGACUGAGCCGUUCAAAAUGUGAUAAGAAUUAUACUAACACUUUUAAUUUUUUUAUUAACUAAUUUGCUUUUUUGUACAUGUAUAGUGGUAUGCAUAUUUUCUGUUUUUUGCAUAAUUUGUUUGCAAAUAACUGGUGUUUCCAAGGAGAGCAAUGGUUACCAGAAAUAUUUAACAUAUAUUUAGAUAAUGUUUGAAAUCUUUCUCAUUAAGAAUGUUUCUUUUGCCUCCUAUGAUUUAACAUUCUUAUGAUGUUUUGUUCUAUGGUUAUAGAGAAUUCAUGGCAAGUUCAAUCAAUUGAAUUUUUUUUUUAUAUGGGAUGUGUGAUUUUGUUUUGAUUCUCUUCACAAUAGUCAAGUGAAAUGAUGAAGUAGAAUAUUAAGACAUACUUCAGAGAACCUCAGUUUUUAGUUACCCAAUAAUUUCUCAAUUUUCCCCCCCCAUGUUUCUUUCAAAGUGGGAAUGCAAUAGCUGUGUUGAUUGAUUUUUGUUUAUAUUUAAUAUAUUUUAUACCUGUGUUUGAUUGAUUUUUGUUUAUAUUUAGUGUAUUUUAUUUAUUCAUUUAUUUUUUUCCAUUUUAUCAUGAGUCAGUAUUGAGGUGCCUUUUAGAGUGAUAGUGACAGUGACGUGGAUUUCCGCACCGACACCAUUCCAUCCAUGUAUUAUUGUUUUGUGUUUAGUUUUACACACAAUGUAUGAUCAUUAUUACAUUUGCAUAAAUUGUAACAUGAGGUACAUUCCACUCUAUGUGAUCCUGUGUAUCUUAGUGUGUAUGUGCAGUAUAUGUAUGGUGUAAUGAGGAAUGUAUGUUCUGAACUCUGUACAAAUGCCAAAUGCACCAUGUAAGUCUGUUUCACUGACUCUGUUGAAUUAACAUGGGUUUUGGGUCAGUAAAAUGGGUCUUUUCAAAUGAUUGCUGGAAUAGUAUGAUAAAGCACUGGUCAAGUGUGUUUUAGUUGCAAUACACCAAUUUUCGGGUGAAUUAUGGCCCUUCGUUGACUUGAGUUUCGCACUUGGGUCCUUGGAAUAGACUGUAAGUGGCAUAUGUACUGUCAUGUUGUGUUGCUGCCUAAGGAAAACAAAAACAAAAUGAAUGUAUGGUUAUAUGGCAAGUUAAUAUUGCACUGGUGAAUUGGAGGGCUGUUAUGUUGAUACUAAAUUUGAUUGUGACAACAGGUUUAUAACAAGGACUUUAGCUUUUUUCGAAGUAAUGAAUUCCAAAUUUGUGUUUUCUCAUCUCUUUUGCUCUCUCUUCUUCUUUUACAUUUUGUUUUUCCUCCUCUAUCAUAGUGUGUUGCUUUUUUUCCAUCCUGUCUGUAGAGUAUCUUCUUGAAUUAACCUGGACAUUAAACUGAUUCAGACAGAGACACAUAUCCAUUUGCUCUAGGAAGAAGAAACUUUCAGAGUGAAGUACUUGCAUGGAAAUGAGAAUAGUUGUUUCUUGUAAGGUGUGAAAUGAAAUGAGCCACAUACAGGGGUAAUAUUAGACUGCAGCAAAUACCUGUGCAGAGUGUAUCAUAUUGAUACGCAGAUAUAAGUUUUGCACUAGGAGUUUAGCAUAUAGGAUAGCUUUCACUGUGAGUGUGUGAUUCGUUGGAGAUAGAUUUAGGUACUGUUACGGUGCUGAAAUUCCUAAGUUAGAGUAUUUCGAUCUGCUCUGUGAGUGCAGCUUUCGUCUUUCAUUGCUUCAUACCCCAUUUCUCCUCUUUUUUUUUCUUUUUUUCCACUUUAUUGUUAUUAAUGUUCUUAUUCUUCUGCUUCUACCUCCUUUUCCUCUUCCUCACCUCCUUAAAGGUAUUGUUCAUUCCAGUGUGCACAGAUUAUGUUAAAGCCAGCUAAGGUAUUUAUCUUUAACUUUUGAGUAUUUCCAAAGUGGAGAUGAUAUACUUUAUCUGAAGAACUAAAUUGUGAGAAUGGUAAAUUUUGCUCUAUUUUUAUAUAUCUAAUAGUCAUUUGUACUGAAAGCUACUUUACAGCCAAAUCAAAUAUCAAUAUUCAACAAAUAUAGACAGUUCAUUGCAUUUUUAAAUGAAGACAGUUUUUAAACAUGGUUUUGGUUUGAAAUGUUUACUCCUUUUUAUUAUUAUUAGCGGUGGAGAACAAAAAUUAGACAUAGGGUGUCAUUCUGUCCAUAUUUGUUCCAAAAAGUAAUAAGCAAAAAAUAAGCAGACAAAUUGUGAAAAGAAGUGCAUGGAAUUUUGACACAUAAAGCUUUUUUCUUCUUGCCCGAGAACAACAUAGUUAAGAAAUGUCGUCAUUUAUAUGGUGUGCAAUAAAUGACAAGAGAGGAAAGUUCCAGAAAACAAGAUACACAUGCACUUGGACUUUGAUAUAUGAUUGAAAUAUUGAUAGCAAUGUAUGUUGCAAUUAUUGGGUGAAACUUUGAAAUAAUAUAUUUUUUAUUCCAAUUUUAUAUAUCAAAAGAUUUAUGACUGUUGUUUUGUUACACAUGAUCAGAAAUAUAAGGUUUUUUUUUUUUCUUUUUUCUCUUCUUUUUAAUAUAAUUCUUGUCUGUUAUGUUGUUAGUUGUUAAUAUGCAGGAUAAUUUUAGGAAUAAUUAAUUUGUCGAUUUUUGUCCCAAGGGGAAAUCUCAGAUAUCUUUGGAUUAUCAUAAAACAUUCACUGAUUUCCUCUAGACUCUCAAAUUAGGCAGCUUGAAAAUAUUUAAAAGUAAAUCAUGAAACCUGAAAAUAAAAGCAAAGAAUAUCCAGAUUUUGUAAGUAUUUGUCAAUAAUAUUGUUUCAAGUUAUUUUAAGAUAUGUUAUUAAACAUGCAAGUGAAGAAACUUAUGAUUUUAUAUAUCUAUAUUUCAUAGUCUUCUCGUACAAGGAUAUAUUUCUGUCCUUUUUUUCAUUCUCCUUGCAAUUUUGAACAUAGAAAAGAUAACAUAUGAUAAAUAGAAAUGAUAAUAAAGUGGGUAAUUCCAAUAUUCUCUGUCAUGUAUUCCUUGACUUACGAGCAUUUUUCGUUCCAAUAGUUGAUAAUGACAAAAAGGCUUUAGGAGUAACGCAUGCACUCAGGAUCUUAAAGAGCUUUUAUGUGAUGGUUAUAAUUUCUUUGAUUUUUUUUAUUUUUUUUUUAUUUUGUGAAUGUGUUAUUUUUCUUACAUUUAUUUAUUUUGGUCUGGCUGUCAGCUUGUGAAUGGUUCUGUUUUAUUUUGAUGCAGGCACUGAUUUUCUAAACUUUGUGAUAGGUGAUUUUUUUUUUUUCAUUGUCCAGUAUUUAUGCACCAUGUGUGUACAUAGUGAUGGAAUGAGGGUGUGAGUAAAGGUUAUUUUUCAUAAA